AUGGCUCGUUCUACAUCUGAAAAAAGUAUUGAUAAUAAUAUCUAUACAAAUUCGACUAGUGAAACACAAUGCUCGCAUGAUGAAGAUAAAACUAAUGCAAAUGCAUCUAAUGAAUUGUGUUUAAUUGAGUUAAAUAAAGGUUCUAUAGAACGAUUGAAUACAAUCCCUACAGACGAAACGGAAAGAAAUAACAAAAAUGAAACCAGAAAAAGUACAUUCUCGUCGACACUGAGGAGCUAUUUGACAUUGAUAGCUCACUUUUCUAUAAUACUUUAUACAGGUCUAAUUUUAUGUAUGGCUUUUGCACGGCCUGUCGAGUUUUUUACGUGGCACCCAAUAUUGCUUUCCUUCGGGUGGAUCUUCCUACUGAACGAAGGAGUUCUAUUAUUUUCCGAAGACAAUUUUAUAGGAAGAAAAUUGCGAUUGAGUCACACUAUGAAACGUCGAUAUCAUUGGUUAACUAUAGCCCUAGGGGUCACUUUAGUUAUCAUCGGCUUUACAAUAGUAAUUAUUAAUAAAAACAUAAAAAAUAAGGUGCAUUUUAAAACGUGGCACGGACUUUUCGGUUUAAUUGCCACAAUUUUCUGCAUACUGACAGCUUUGAAUGGUACAUCGGCUUUAUACGAUGUUAAGCUCAAGAACUACAUAAAACCGGCACUGAAUAAACUCCUGCAUGUAAUUAGCGGCAGUAUUUCACUAAUUUUUGGUGGUUUAACUCUAGUAUUAGGUGUUUACAGUAAUUGGUUUAUUAAAGCUAGCGGUAACAAUACAUUUUUGUUUUCAAUCGGUUUUGUUACGUCUGCAUACGUUACUCUUUGGACUUUGCAGAGGCCUAUGCGGAAAAUAUUGAGUAAUUAUAGAUCGGCAGGAAUAAUUGAAACCUGA